AUGGAAGAAGCAUUAAAAAGAAGCAAUCUUUCCAGAACGGAUUAUUUUAUCUUUGCUGGUGUUUCUGACUUUCCAGAGAUGCAGGCACUGGUAUUUGUUCUUGUUUUGCUAGUAUAUCUAAUAACCCUUGGGGGCAACGUUAUCAUCUUAUUCUUAAUUUUUCUGGAUCCUGCGCUACACAGGCCAAUGUACUUUUUCCUUUCCAAUCUCUCUUGCCUAGACAUUAUGUACACCACUGUAACACUCCAUAGAAUUUUAUUAAUGCUAAUAUCAGGCAAUAAUGUUAUUUCUUUUUCAGAAUGUAUUGCGCAGUUGUAUUUUUUUAUGUCCUUAGUAGGUAUUGAGUUACUAAUACUAACAGCAAUGAGUUAUGAUCGCUAUGUGGCCAUCUGCAACCCCCUCCGUUAUCACACGGUGAUGAACUAUAAGAUCUGCCUAUUGAUGGCUUCCUCUUGUUGGGUCUUGGGCUUUUGUGACACUGUACCAUUUACUUAUAUCGUUUAUGGAUUCUCAUGCUAUGAAUCAAACAUUAUCAAACAUUUCUUUUGUGAUCUCCUGGCACUUAUGAAGCUCACUUGUAAUGACACAUCCCAUUUGGAGCAUGUUAUACUUCUAGAAGCUGCAUUCUCAGGUCUCACACCCUUCCUGAUCACAAUAAUCUCGUAUAUUUAUAUUAUCUGCACAAUAUUAAGGAUGCAGACAAAAAGUGGAAGACACAAGGCCUUCUAUACUUGUUCUUCACACCUGACUGUUGUCCUACUCUUUUACACAACACUUUCAUGUUUGUAUCUCAGACCCAUGUCCAUGUUCUCAGAUUCAGAUAAGCUUUUUGCUCUUGUUUACACAGCAGUUGUGCCCAUGUUAAACCCGCUAAUUUAUAGUUUGAAAAAUAAGGAUGUGAAGCUUGCACUAAAGCGUGUAUUAAAACAGUAA